CGUCGCUCAAUCAGUGACGUGGAUUUUCAUUGAGGCAGUCAGUGCUGCCAGAAAACACAAACUCUGCAACGUCUCACAGGUUUUCCUCAAACUUUCUUCACAUUUAAAAGCCGGACCGCUCGUUUUUCCGUCACUUGAACGCAGCUUCGGUAGCUAACAGCCGCUCUGACUCGUGUUUACAGACUCCAGGAUGAGUAAAAACAGCAAAGUGUUGAACCUGAGGGAUAAAAUCAGUGGGAAUGAGGCGGACCUGAGCCUGGGGAACCUCACUGAGGUGCCAGUCAGAGAGCUGGCUUUAUUCCCCAAAGCCACUGUUGUGGAUUUAUCUUGUAACAACAUCAUCUCCCUUCCUCCAGAGUUCUGCAGUCUGACCCACUUGGUGAAGGUGGAUCUGAGUAAGAACCAGCUGACCUGUUUGCCAGAUGACCUGGGGAACCUGGUCAACCUCCAGCAUCUGGAUCUGUACAACAACAAGCUGACGGUGCUGCCUGUCAGCUUCUCCCAGCUCCGGAGUCUGAAGUGGCUGGAUCUGAAGGAUAACCCUCUGGAGGCCGGUUUGGCCAAAGCAGCAGGAGACUGUCUGGAUGAGAAGCAGUGCAAACAGUGUGCCUCUAAGGUUCUGCAGCACAUGAGAGCUCUUCAGGACGAGGUCGAUCGAGCACGAGAGAAACGUCUCCUGAAGGAAAAAGAGCUGGAGAGGAAGAAGGAGGCGAAGCAGAGGGAGCGGGAGGCCAGAGAGAAGGAGGCUCGUAAACGGGAGAAGGCCGAGGAGAAGGAGAAGAGGAGGAAAGAGUACAACGCUCAGAUGGCGGCUCUGGCUGCUCAGGAACAACAGAAGAAGAAGAACGAGGAGAAGAAGAAGAAGAACGGACAGGCAGGGGAUAAAAAGGUUGUUGUGGAAUCGGCGCCCAAACCUCGCCACUCUCUCAUUGGCCUGAUGUUCAAGCUCCUCCUCCUGCUGCUGCUGGGAUUGGUCGGAGUCGCCGCCGCCUGCCGGAUGACCGACCUGCAGAAAGAGGACGUCUGUGUGCCGGUAAACGUCGCCGUGGACGACGGCCUAACCUGGGCCAGACGGCAGGAGGUGGUGGUCCGACAGCUGGUGCAAAAUCUGUCGUCUGCAGCGAAAGAGUUUCUGGAAUCCACGCAAACGUCCAAGAACUAAAUUUGAGCUGCAGGUUUUCCACUCUCACCUGCUGAAUCCUGAGAGUUGAAAAGUCUGUACAGAUG